GGGGAGUUACGGCAGUGGUAACGAUUGCUGAAUCAUGAGGGUGAGUCUCAUGCAAAUAAUAUUCCUCUUCGGAUCUAUGUUUCUAACGACAUGCUUCGUCAUCUUCAUUAACUACCCAAUAUCUGAUGGGACUAGAGAGGACGAGCGAACUGUAGAUAGACUUCGCAGAUUGAAUACACUUGAACACCGAAUCUUAGGAGGACGUUUGUUGCAAGUAUCUCAGCUGAAAGGACAAGAAUACAUAUUCUCGAACAAAACCUCGAUCGACAAAAAUAUAACAAAAAGCAUCAAAGGAGAAGAGCCUCCUAAUCCUCACAACAACAUUAAAAGUGAAGAGGCGAGCAUCAAAGGAGAAGAGCUUCCUAAACCUCACAACAACAUUAAAAGUGAAGAGGCGCCCAAACUUGACAACAGGAUCAAAUAUGAAAAGGCACCAAAACAUGACAACAGCGUCAAACAUGAAGAGACAUCAAAACUUGAAAACAGCGUUAAAACAUGCAAACACCAGAGGGCGCCAGAUCGCAUGGAGAACUUGUUUGGGGAACAGUUCAAUCGAAGCUUUACCCCAUUCAUGACAUUAUCAUCAUUACAGUCUGCUAGCUCCACCAGAUAUUCUCUUCCUUUUGGUUUCCGUCGAUUAGAAGGAGCAACAAGGUCUCUUCUUGAAAAAUUACCCGAUACGGAUAUUCCGGCAGAUAUCAGAAAGUUGUCCUGUCGUCGGUGUAUUGUGAUCGGGAAUGGAGGUUUAAUGAAAGGGGCCCAGCUUGGUAGUGAGAUAGACAAAUACGACGCGGUAUUCAGAUUGAAUACAGCACCCAUCAAGGGAUACGAAACUGAUGUUGGGACGAAAACCACAGUACGAAUUGUCUAUCCCGAGAGCUCGGUUCUCAGCCCGGAUGUCUACGCUCAGGACUGGACUUUGCUUGUCGUUGCAUUCAAACAGAUCGACCUUCAGUGGAUCGACUACAUCAUAGAAGGUCGCGACUUGAAAAAACUAAAGGGAUUCUGGCACCCGACUGCGGAUUUUGUACCGAAACCAAGGAAGGAUCUUCGAAUAUUUAAUCCAGCAAUCAUAUCAGAACUUUCGGCUAAUCUCAUUGGAUUUAAAAUAGCGAAGGGCAAAAUGGAUAAGAAUGUACCAACGACGGGUUCAAUGGCAAUCAUGGUGGCGCUGAGGUUCUGCGACGAGAUAUCAGUGGCAGGGUUCGGCUACGAUAUCAAACGCCCUGAUACACCGAUCCAUUACUACAGCUCAGAGAAAACCAAAUCCAUUAUGUCAUCGUUUACCCACGGAAUCAACCUCGAGAAGAAGUUCCUUCACAAACUGGUCAAGCAAGGAAUCAUCAAUGAUCUUACAGGAGGUCUACGGAACCAACUCUAGACCAAUUUGUCCAUUAUUUUUUAUACCACCAGCAGCCGAUCAACGCAGGACUACGAUUCACUGCUGGUAGAAAUCGCAAUCCGCGCAAUCAGGUGCUUGAUGGAAAUUUCAAAAAGUGCGCGCAGUCAUCCAAAUUAAGAAUUGUAUUUUAUUGUGGAAUAUUUGAUUUGGUUUGAUAGAGGUGGUUAUUUGCCAUAUUGCAAACAAGCAAUAAAUUACAAAAGCGUAAAGUGGACAACCAUUGCACAAUUUUAUUUGAUAAAAGUUUCUCCAAGCAUGCCAAGUGGGAUCUGCAUAAUUGUGAUAAUCCCUAGCACAUGCGUAUCGACCUGGUUGUUUCCCUGUUUUAUGAUGACGAUUAUUUAUGAUGAAAAUAGUUACAUUCCUUUUUUAUUACAUGCAUACGCUUUCACACGACAAAGUCAUGUGACAAUAUGUUGUAAGAUGUUUUAUCUAGCAAUGUGUAUAUUUGAAAUAGUUCGUGAAAUAAAGGCUUGCCAAUAAAGUUAAGAAUAUAUUUUUAAUAAUUAAUCUUUGUUUUCAAAUAUUAUUUUAUAAAUUGGAAUAAUUUAUAUGCAUGAUCAAAUUAAGAUAAAACAAUUAUCUGCAAAUUACGCCACCGAUGCUCUCGGUCUUGCCUUUCAUUUACGUGCUAAAUUUCAGUUAUUGAAAAAAAUGCCCUUUCCAAAUUCGACUGUUCGAUCACUCAGCAAUAAUCAGUACUUUGGUUAAUUGUACAAAGUAAAUGUUAAAUUAACUCUUGCCUGUUUGUUGUAUAUUUAUCAAUGACUGUGUUUGAAAUUAUAAACUAUAGUAUCUACUUUCUAUUAUGUAUAAUGCCAUGCCUUCAGAAACACCAAACGUAUCUUAUAUUCCCGGUUAUAAUUCUCCUCCUCCGUCUCCACCUCCUCGAUCUUCACUCUUCUUCUACUGCUGCUGCUGCUUCUUCUCCUCCUCCUCCUCUUUCUCCUCCUUUCUCUUCUUUAUUGUUUCUACUAUCUUUCCUCAAGGUUUGAAUACUAUUGUGUUUUAUAUUAUUUUAGAUGUACAUUAUAAGAUAAGAUGUAAAAUGUAGCGACCGGGAAAUAUAUAGCAAUAUCGCCCCCUUGUGCUCAGGUCAUUCAGGUUGCAUUCGUCGAGGCCGCACGGGCCUAUUGACAAUGGGUAGGCAAAAUAUAUUAAUUCGAGCCAACCAAUUCCAUUUUUGUUAAAUUUUGAUAUAGCUGAUCAACAAAGUGUAUGAAUAUGAUUGUCCAUCUAACACUGAUUCUAUGGAGGGUAACUACUGAACUUCCUUUUUUCUAAAUUGGGAAGAAAUAUCACCAAGUUUGGAAGUAUAUUUGACUGGCGGAAGGAUUGGGGUUAUUUCCGGUUUCAGGUGAUGAAUUUGAUCUCUCAUGAGAUGUCUUCAUAAUGUCGAUUUAUUUUGUAAAUGAGCCAGUCGAGAGACCUUUUUUUCUGGUCAGAUAUGGAUUGUCAGAUAUAGAUCCUAUCCACUGGUAGCAAACAUUUGAGCCCUGAAUUUCAUCCUUAUUUUCAUGAUUAAAGUGCCACUUUAACACACGAGUCUCUGAGAAAUAUCUUAGGCCCGUGAGACCUCGAAGUCUUUGACCAUUGUGCAUACUAUCUGUGAUAUCUUCAUAAGCAUAUUGUAUUAUUUCUAUAUUUUUCCCUUGGGGGGGGGGGGGGCAAUUACCUUGAUUUUGCUCUGCUGUAUUUACUCUUCUGGGAAUAUACACCUGUUUUAUUUUUUCACUGUCAUGUAUCAAAUGAAACGAAUGUAGGAAUGCGAUGAUUUGGCCAUGAUACAUUAAAGCAAAAACUACAUUUUAGGACUAGCAUGUUGAUUAGGUUGAGGCUGUUGUACCCCCCCCCCCCCGGAGAAAAGAAAUUAUAAAUUGCAACCGACUUCCUGUUUUGAUAAUGAAACUUUCAAUAUUUGAGUCUAUUUCUACGGUUAUUCUGUGUUAUGCUAUAAUUGUUUUUUCUAUAUCUCUGUAAAUGUGGUAGUGCUACAAAUCAUUAACAUAAUUAUUAUAGCCGCACUACCGGAAGCGAAUUUGAUAUUUAUUGGAAUACAACAAGCAUACAUAUUUCCCUCAUUAUGGUGUUGAGUGCACUCAUAGAGAGAGAUAUAUAUACUUGUAUAGACUGUUUCAGAGUUUGAACGAAUUAAGAGCAGACUCGGGGCCUGAUUAUUUAUUUUUAGACACAUUUUACCAGUAAAAAGUGAUGGUAUGUAAUUCAAUAUGUUACUAUUCACUCAUGGAAACUCAACUUUUUAAUGUUUAGAAGCAGAGGGCCUUUGGAAUAAAAUAUGUGUAAUCAGUGGGAUCCAGGAUUUUCCAAAAUGGGGGCACAUUUUCCGAGGAAAAAUUUUACAAGCCAAAAAAAAAAUGAAAAUAUAGAUUUUUUUAAAAUGUGCCUUCCUUACAUACCUCUCGUAGUACAGAGAUAUGAAUUUGACAUGUGCCAAAGUGAACGAAUUAUUUGCGAGGAUUGCCAAAAAAACCAAGUUUACUGAAAUAAUAGGCCUACCAAAAUGGUAAACGAGUGGCUUUGUUUUUAAAUCGUUCGUAUUGUAAAUACAAUGUAGCAGAUUAUAUUUCGUGUUACAAUAAAUCUAGAGUCGAUUUAUUUUUUUUAAUAUGUAUAUAUUUUUACAAAGUAAAUGUCACCCGAUCUUUCAUCUUGAUUUGGAUUAUACAUUAUUUUUAGUGGAUGUUUCAUAAAGAUGUCCAUAAGCUAUGCUCGACUGUACUCACGACUGGUCCUUUACCUGUGCUAAUUGAGGUGCCUUAUAGUCGGGGGCGGCACCUCGGGGGCAGGAGGCGACCUCCCCUAACAUUUUUGAAGUAGUGCAAAACG